AUGAGUACGACCAGGUGUGAAAAUUAUUCAUUCCCUUGGAUUUUCAAGGACUGUCGAGAACGCACCGGACCCCACAGAAGUGUGGGGCUCUACCGAACAUUGAACCCUAGCUCCGGACAAUCCGAUUUCAGGGUGGUAGCGGCGCGAAAAAUCGCGCACUUUGAAACGGAGCUUCCCUAUCUCUUAGGAUCGACUAACCCAUGUCCAACUGCUAUCUGCACUAGAGGCCGUUUCACCCAGCAUCGCUGCCAAGGCUUCUUCACUGACCUCCACGCCUGCCUACUCGUCAACGCGUCACUUCAACGCUGA